GUUUCCUGCGCUAACGUCCAGUGCUGUCCUCAGUUAUCACACACAAGUCCCAAAGCGCUGGUCUCGUGGUCCGAUACCACACCGGUUUUGCCGCAGUCCUGUCCAUCUUUGCCCAAAUCCCGUAGCUGCGCACACGGACUGAUACCGAAAAUAAACGGACAGCCAGAUCUAUAUAGCUUCGUUUUCAAAACCAUCUUCAUCAUGGUCAUAAUCGACGAAAAGUGCAUGAACCCUCCACCCCCGCCGUACGUCCCUGCAGGCUCUGCAAAUGUCCCGCCUCCGCCCUUCCCGCACCAGCGCCAUGAGCCUGCAAACUUCUCAGCGCUACCAUCGCAUUUGCUGCUCAAAAUCGUGUAUAUGACAUUUCCACAAACACAUGGGAUAGACGAAGGACGGAUAGAGCGACAGAGAAAGACCCUUUACUGGCUCUCAACCAGUCUGAGACUCGUCAACCACUCGUUUUACAUCGCAUGCAUGCACGUCCUACGCUCCACCUACCUCCCAGCCUACAAUUCUCUAAUCCGCCCACCAUACUCCUCCGAUCCCUUCCCCCUCUCCGCACCUUCUCCUGUCCCCUCCUCAAAUCCGUUUGACACCGUCCAACGCGAGACCCAAGUCCUCGACCUUUUCAUCGUCCUCAAAGUCCGCGAAGACGUCAUGAUGGACGACUCCGAGCUCCACCUCGAGCGCGAGGAAAGCUUCAAGGAUCUCUUUGACCUCAUGCAGCCACGCAGCAGACUCGAGGACCUCGUGAGGUAUUAUGGUCUGCGAGAGGGAGUCGUCCACACCAACCCCAGCAUCGCCGGCCCGGCCAAUCCGUCGCCCACGGCAGCCAUGUCCAGGGCAAAUAAUAACGUAGGGACUCUGGGUUCGAGCCAUAGCGCGAAGGGCAAGAAGCCUGCAGGACCCACACCGCUAUCGUUCAGUGCCCUCUCUGUAUCAUUCUCCUCUCGGAAAGUAGGCUUGGUGCUGACGAGCACGGGGAGGAAGAGGACAAUUGUGGAAGUCGCGAGGUCGAGGGAUGAGAAACUUGAGGUUGCCGCGAAGAAAUUAGCCAAGCAGUUAAAGGUGUGGUUGUCGGAUAGAUAAGGUCAGUUUGAGUUUAGCUUUGACCACCGCAACUUCUGUGACAGAAGCUGCGGUGCGGACAUUCCGCUAGUAUAUGUAUUUCUCAAUUAUUUUCUGCCUUCAUUGUAUUUGUUAAGUUGACAACGUAGCACACUAUGAUACACUACGACUACUCAGUGUUGCAUGACGUUAUUCGGUAAUUUUUCGUGAAGCUUAUUGAUUGCUGAGCAUUGUACCGUAAAAAAAGCAAAAAGAUUUCUACCCAGACCAGAAAAGCAAGCACGUAU